CCGAUGAGCGGCAGGAGCCGCUGGGGCCGGAAAGAUGGCAGUCCUGGCACCUUUAAUUGCUUUUGUGUAUUCGGUGCCGCGACUUUCACGAUGGCUGGCCCGACCUUAUUACCUUCUGUCAGCCGUGCUCUCAGCUGCCUUUCUACUCGUGAGGAAGCUGCCCCCUGUCUGUCACAGUCUCCCCACGCAACGCGAGGACGGGAACCCGUGUGACUUUGACUGGAGAGAAGUAGAGAUCCUGAUGUUUCUCAGUGCCAUUGUGAUGAUGAAGAACCGCAGAUCCAUCACCGUGGAGCAACAUAUAGGCAACAUCUUCAUGUUUAGUAAAGUGGCCAAUGCAAUUCUUUUCUUCCGCCUGGAUAUUCGCAUGGGCCUGCUUUACAUCACACUCUGCAUAGUGUUCCUGAUGACAUGCAAACCCCCCCUGUAUAUGGGCCCUGAGUACAUCAAGUACUUCAGUGAUAAAACCAUUGAUGAAGAGCUGGAGCGGGACAAGAGGGUCACUUGGAUUGUGGAGUUCUUUGCCAAUUGGUCUAAUGACUGCCAAUCAUUUGCACCUAUCUACGCUGAUCUUUCCCUCAAGUACAAUUGUACGGGGCUAAAUUUUGGCAAAGUGGAUGUUGGACGCUACACUGAUGUUAGUACACGGUACAAAGUGAGCACGUCACCCCUCACCAAGCAGCUCCCUACCCUGAUCCUGUUCCAAGGUGGAAAGGAGGUCAUGCGGCGGCCACAGAUUGAUAAGAAAGGACGAGCUGUCUCUUGGACUUUCUCUGAGGAGAAUGUGAUCCGAGAAUUCAACCUGAAUGAGCUAUAUCAGCGGGCCAAGAAGCUAUCAAAGGCUGGAGAUAAUAUCCCCGAGGAGCAGCCUGUGGCCCCAGUGCCCACUGCAGGGCCAGAUGAGGAAAGCAAGAAGGACAAAUAGGAUCCCUGCCUUCAGUGCUUCCUCUCCUGUCAAUCCUAGGCACCUCUGAGGCCCUGCCCUUUCUGUAACCACAAGCCUUGCCUGAAGCCUUGGCCUUCUAUUUAUGUUUUCCCUAUUUGGCCUAGGUGGGGCAGGGUAUUGCUUCUGAUUUUUAAGAGGCAUACAAGGAAGUGACAGGUAUCCUCCAGGAAGUCCUCUACUGCUGUGGCCUGCUGUUUCACUGGAGGGAGGGAAAGAUCUUAUAUGGUGGGGGGAAUGCUUUUCCUCCAAGCUUGGGCCAGUUUGUCAACUGCUUGUGUGCUACCUACACAUCUCCAUCAGCCUACUUAGAUUAGAUUAAACCCUAACAUAACAGGCCAAGAUGCAGAGUUAGUGCUAAGAUUUUUCCCUCAAGGACUUGUGCUUCUUUAGGCCCUUUUGGCUUGGUCUGCGGCCUAUAUUAAAAAAAGUAUAAUAAGCCUGUCCCAGGUCUCAAGGAGAAACCUUUAACCACAGAGUUUUCUCAUUGAAGCUAGUAGUGAAUAAUCUGCAUAUUUUAUGGAGAUUGGGAGGAAGGGGCAUAGAAGUUUGAGACUUCCUUUGUAUGGUGGGCCCUGGAGGAGAAAGCCCCUGGACAGGGUUGGAGUUCACUUACCCUCCUACAUCCUUCCCCACACCGGUUGAUGGUUUUCCAUAAUAAAGAGACUGGGAUUUACUUUUGA